AUGUUUACCACUACCGGUUCCCGGGGCCUCUACAAGGCUCCUCUGUCCAAAGGUCUCUUGCUUGUACUGAGCGGAUUGACAGUGAUGCUCAGCCUUUUGCCAAAAUACCAGCACAUGUUUGAGUACAACCUGCAAGCUGUCAGCCACCAGCAACAGGUGUGGCGGUUUGUGUGCGGCCGACUGGUGUGUCUUGAUGUGAAGGACUCCUUUUGCAGCGGGCUGCUCAUUUACAACUUCCGAAUUUUUGAGAGAAGGUUCGGUUCCAGGAAGUUUGCUUCCUUUAUGGUGGGUACCUGGUGUCUCUCUGCACUGCUGGACUUCCUGUUGGCUCAAACUUUCUCCUUCCUCUUCAAGUAUGAAGUGGAGGAGUUGCCCGCUGGGUUCCUGGCCCCAGUAUUUGCCCUCUUUGUGCCUUUCUACUCGUCCAUCCCCAGGGUGUCAGUCACCCAGGUGCUGGGCCACAUCAACAUCACCAACAAGACUUUGGUCUACAUUGUCGGGCUGCAGCUCUUGACAUCUAGCCCCUUCAUGUGGCUCCUGGUGCUCAGCGGACUGAUUUCGGGCGGUUUGUACCACUCCAACGUUCUCUGGCUCCAGAAGUUUCUCUUUGUGCCUGGCUGGCUGUGUACUGUUGCACGCUACCUCCUGGAGCCCCUCUUCUCCAGUUCACACCCAACCAGUGAGGCGCCUUUGGGAAUGGGAGCCACGCUGGACAUCCAGAGACAACAGCGGAUGGACCAACUGGAUCAGCAGCUAAUGUUGGCCCAGUUCAACGAGGCUCGUGCGAAUGCCAGACAUCAAGCACAACAGGCUGGGUUGCUACAGUGGAGCAGGUUGUUCCCCUCAAUGAGACGCAGGAGAGUGGCCCAGCCGCAGGCUCAGGGUCAGCCUUCCACACCUCCGCCACCGUUAGACAACUCUGUCGCUGAGGAGCAGGUUGCCAGGUUGGUGGAAAUGGGCUUUUCUCGACUCGAUGCCCUCGAGGCUCUCCGAGCGUCCAACAAUGACAUCAACAUGGCAACCAACUUUCUCCUUCAGCACUGA